CUUGCUAUCUAUUUAUCACCUUACAUAUACGACAUAUACGACAAAUUCAGAAUCAAUGUCAAGUACAAAAAGGCGUGGUAUGGACGUUUGAUUGCCCUUGAACGAAGAUUCGGGAACUGGGAGGCGGCCUACAAUGAUUUACCCAAUUUGUUGCUUGCGAUAAGAGAAUCAAAUCCGGGGUCAGUGGUAGAUUUCCAACCAAAACCAACCAGUCAUGAUGGUACGUAUGAAUUUCAUCGUGCAUUUUGGGCUUUUAAAGCUUCCAUUGAUGGGUUUGAACACCGUCUGCCCGUAGUAUCUGUUGACGGUACUCACUUGUACGGAAAGUUCAAGGGUCAUCUCUUGGUUGCAGUCGCCAUGAAUGCUAACCGUGAGAUUUUCCCUCUCGCGUACGCAGUUGUGGAAAGUGAAAACACAAAUAGUUGGUCCUGGUUUUUGGAACACAUUAUGACUUAUGUUGUCAGACCAAAUCGGCAUGUGUGCAUAAUAUCAGAUCGACACCCUGGCAUCCUAAGUGCCUAUCAAUCAGUACCUCAAUUGAAAACCUCCCAAGUUUCGAAGCGGUUCUGCCUCCGACACAUUAGAAGCAAUUUCAUGACAAAAUUCAGGAGCACUGAAGUGAAAAAGCUCUGUUGGCAGGCCGGGAGUACACCCAUGGUGAGUGAAUUUUACCAAACAAUGGCUCAAAUUCGUGCUACGAAUGAGAAUGCGUUCACGUAUUUGAACGCUAUUCCACGUGAAAAUUGGGCACUGUGCUUCGACGAUGGACGACGUUACGGCAUCCUCACAACAAAUCUUUCCGAGAGCUUCAAUAACGUUCUAAAGGGAUGUCGAACACUUCCAAUCACCGCGCUGGUUAAGGCAACUUAUAACAAAGUUGUCCAACUAUUUGCCGAUCGACGUAGGGCCGGUCAGAUGUGGCGGCAAGCUGGGUUCCUAUAUCCGCAAAAUAUAUGGAAAGAUAUUCUUGAACGUUCACAGAAAAGACAUCAGUGCACUAUUGUCCCGCAUAACCGAACAACGGGAAUAUACUCUGUUUCCAUCCGUGAUUAUCCGCCGGUAACGGUAAAUCUCUCACGUUGCGAAUGUGAUUGCGGUUUUUGGAAGCAAAAUGGAUUUCCAUGUGUGCACGCCUAUGCAACAUGCUAUUUCUUAGAAAUAACUGUAGAUCAUCUCAUCCCGGACGUGUAUAAAUUAGGUGCGUACAUCCGUACGUAUGCUACAGAUAUUAUGCCUAUGCAUGACGUAAGUGCGAUGCCUGAUACCGGAUAUGUAGUGAUACCGCCUCAAAGUGCUCGACGCAGUCAAACCGGUAGGCCUCAAAGGACACGAUUUACAAAUGAAAUGGAUAUGCGUCCGAGUAGGAGAGCACAA